UCAGAAAAUUAUCUUGACAGUCAGCAAUCGCUCGAUAAAGCAAUCGGUUAAUCCCAUCGUCUCUAUUGCCCUUUAAUAAUUAAACUCCAGGGAAAUUCUCCAUUAAUUAAUUAAUCACUUCCAUUUUUUCUUGUCUCCCAAAAAGAAAAAACCAACUCCAGCCAAAAUCUCUCCGCAUUCGAGACCAAAAUGAUUCGUUCACGUCCCCCAGGAGAUCCAAUGGACGAGGAGAAGAGUACCUGGUUUUCAGGAAUCGACCUGGAGUCGGUGAAGAAGUUGAUUAACCUGAAAUCAUUGCCUCACAUGAGUGACGAGGAUCGUUUCAAGACAGUAAUGAACAGCAUAAAGUCCCACAGGUGUUUCAAGACCUGGAAAUCGCGGCUGCAGGUCCCAAGAGCCGGCAAAAACGCGAAAGACUCGAGACUAUUUCGAGAGGAGGUGAACCUGCUCUACAAGAUCGCUCCAGACGUCUGCAUGAACAUCAUCCUCGAGGGUCUGACAAGGACCCUGGCACACGCCCCCCAGGGAUCCCCAGAGAUGGCCCUGGCCUACGCAAAUCGUUCCGCAAUUCUCCUAAAAGUACGGCUGUACAAGGACGCCCUCCAGGACAUAACGCGAGCCUUAAAAUCAGGAUAUCCUGACCGCCUCAAGGCCAAACUCUUCGCGAGAAGGGCCCUCUGCCUGAAAGCCCUGGGCACUCAGGACUCUGGAGAUGUCGAUCGAGCCCUGGAGAACGCCAGGAAGUGGCUCAGACGAAUGGAGAAGAGACACCCUCACAGACGAUUGGUGGAGGACACCCUGAGAGAUUUUCAGAGGCCUCCACCACUACUGGAAAAAUGGAACAGCGAGGUUUUCCUUAAAGAUGUCUUUCAGGAAAGUCCUGAAAUCGUCGGGGCAUCCAGCUCCAUUCAUUUCUCUGGUGACGUGGUGAGGGCCAGCAGGGAUAUCAUACCUGGGGAAAUCAUUGCUGUACAGGAACCCUUCGUUGCUGCUCUUCAUGAGCGCAAGUCCUACUGCUACUGUGCCCACUGUUUCAUUCAAACAUUCUCAGGCAUUCCCUGUACCACCUGUGUCUUGAGGAUCUACUGCUCAGAAACCUGCAAGGACACUGCCUGGAGGGAAUACCAUGACCUCGAGUGUGGAGUCGUGGAGGGGAUGGAGUUCGUACAGAAUGACGUUCUUGGACCCAUGAUCGUCAGGGCUAUUAUCCGGGCACUCAAGGAGGCGGGGAGUCUUCAGGCACUCAGGGGGAGGGUCAGGAGCAUGGAAAAUAAUUCUGAAUUGCUGAAGAGGGGAUUCUCAGGUUCAGUAUUCGAUGGCAGAAGUCUCGAGACAUUUUUUUCACUGCCAACUCACGCUGCAGUGAGAAAACCCCGGUUACUCCUGGCGAUGACAAUGACGUCAGUAUUUAUGACAUUCGUUCUGGCGACGAAGGGUAAAUUCUUCGGAGAGCAGAUGACCACUCAGCGUUUUUUCCAGAACGACUUGGUGCCAUUUGUCGGGGGUCUCAUGACGAGAUUCACUCUCAUCAUGGUGGGGGGAUCCCAAGAAAUUUCCUCAUGUUUAAAUUUCACAAAUUAUGUGCAGUGCGGAUUGGCCUUGGCUCCACUUUAUGCUCGUUUGUCCCACAGUUGUGCUCCCAAUGUUUCAGUUCAAGAAUUUAGGAGGAAGUCUGUGAUGUUCGCGCGUUAUCCCAUUAAAAAGGGGGAGAGGUUAAUCGGAUGUCGAGCAAGUGGUUUUGAAUUAGCACCCACAGACGAGCGCCAAAAGGCCCUGAAAACUAUAAUUGGAAUUCAAUGCAAGUGCAUCGCCUGUAAAGAAAAUUGGACUGAUGACAAAUCGUCAUUUGACGUGACGCAAAUUCCUCCACAUCUAUGGGCUCUAUAUAAUACUGUGGAUAGAGCAUCAGUCGAGUUAUUUGAAUUGGCAAGUCACGGUGUCUAUCCUGCCAUAUCGAAAUUACUCGACGAAUUAUCAAAAACGAUGACUGAAUUCUGGAAAUUCAGGCAACCCCCGUGUCCCAUUAUCUCCAACCUCACCGCCUUCAUCUGCAAGUUUUACGCACUCCUGGGAAAUCGUCAUCAGAUCCUUCACCCAAAAAAUUGAGUGACAUUUUUUUAUUUAUAAUUAUGAUGAACCGACAUUUUAUUACUCCCAUAAUUCUACUCAGUUUAUCCUUUUCUCAAAGUAUUUUUUAUCGCACAUUAACUUUAGAUUGAGGUUAUCGCUUUAAGAUUAUCCACAGAACGAUUAUUACAGUAAAUAUGAGAGACGAAAAUAUAAUGAAUAUUGACAA